CUUACUUUUUAGUGAAUCAAGGUUUGAUAAUCACAUAAAUAAGGUUCAAUUUCAGGCUUUUACUUUCAGUGUUUAUCCUCUGUAACAUCUGACUUUUUUCAAUCAACCCAUUCAUCGUUAUUUUUCAUAAUCUACCUUUUACAAUGUCUUUUUCCCUGGUUUUAAAGAACAAAGGUCCAUUAGCUCAGGCUAUUGAAAAGGUUGAUACUUCAAGCAGUGUCAACUUGGAAGCAACUUUAAAGGAUAAUGAAGUUCUUAUUCAAUUUAUUGCUUCAGCAAUUAACCCUUCUGAUGUUGGAGUGAUCGAAGGUUGGUAUCCUUCUGCUGCUGAAUUACCUUUGGUGCCUGGUAAUGAAGGAGUAGCCAAAGUCCUCAAAGUUGGUCCAGGCGUUUCAAAAUUGGCUGUUGGUGAUCAUGUUAUUCCUGGUAAAGGUCUCUUCGGUACAUGGAGAACUCACGCCAUUGCCUCGGAAAAUGAUUUAUUGUCUAUUGACAAAGAUUUAGACAUUUAUACUGCCGCUCAGAUUAUGGUUAAUCCACCAACUGCAUACCGUAUGCUAAAAGACUUUGUCACUUUAAAACCAGGUGAUUGUGUGAUGCAGAAUGGAGCUAACUCAGCUGUUGGCUUGCUGGUAAUUCAACUCUGUAAAGCUUGGGGAUACAAAACAAUCAAUGUUGUUCGCGCUCGACCUAAUCCCGAUGAUAUGGCCAAAUUAGUCAGUAAAUUAACUGAGUAUGGAGCUGAUCAUGUUGUUACUGAAGAGGAUAUAGCCAAUGAUGAAGCCAUGAAUGAAAUCUGGUCCAGUGGAACUCCAAAACCUAUUCUUGCCUUUGAAUGUAUUGGCGGUGAAAAUGCUAACAAUUGUAUUCGUCAUUUGGCUGAUGAAGCUACAAUGGUCAUUUACGGAACCAUGACCAAAAAGCCAAUUGAGGUUCCUGCCGGACCAACCAUAUUUAAACAACUUCGCUUCGUUGGAUUCUGGUUAGCCAAGGUUUACCGAGGUAAUCCUGAAGAAUACCUAAGAAUGAGUGCUGAACUUGUAUCAAUGUUUAAAUCUGGUCAGUUGAAAGCUCCAAAAGUGGUUCCAGUCAAGAUGGUAGAUUACUUGGAAGCCUUUGAAAAGUCAACCAACGGGUUCAGUGAAGGAAAGGUCGUUCUCACCACCGAAGUUUAACGUAAUUCAAACCAAAGUUGACCAAAGUCACUUCCAAGGAUAAUUUAUUAAUCCCAAAUAAUUUGUAAUAGAUUGGCAACAAAUUGAAAGAUGUACUAUCAAAGCAUUUUUUAACACAAUCUAAAGAUCACAACGUAAUCACCUCUACUGUUUUAAGAAUCAAGACAAACUCAAUUCAAAUUAAUAUGAAUUUAUUAAAAAUAUGGAAAAAGAUUAAA